UCUGCCCACCCCUGCCACGCCCAGCACUGGUCCACACAGGAGCCGUGCCCCCGUUAGUGGUGGCCAGUUGGCGGGGCGAGGCGCGGCCGUCCCCGGGUUGAGACGGGCCGCCGCAGCGGGCGUGACAGCUGGCCAGGUAAACACCAUGUCUGCAGAAGUUGAAGAAACCCUCAAGAGGAUUCAGUCCCACAAGGGGGUGGUGGGAGUCAUCGUGGUGAACUCAGAAGGUAUUCCCAUCAAGAGCACAUUGGACAACCCCACCACCAUCCAGUACACCGGCCUCAUCAGCGGCCUCACGGACAAAGCGCGCAGUGUGGUGCGGGACCUUGACCCAACAAAUGACCUCACUUUCCUGCGGGUGCGCUCCAAGAAGCACGAAAUCAUGAUUGCUCCGGACAAGGAGUACAUGCUGAUCGUGGUCCAGAACACCAACGAGUAACUGACCCGCCCCGACCCUCACCGCCCCGCACCACCCUUGUGUAUGUGUGUCCCUUCAGUGCCGUGUUCUGUGCCCUUCAAGGUGAUGCUUCAAUAAACUGUAAAUUGUACAUACACAGACCAAUAUUCAUGUCCAAGUUUAUUCAGUGUUGUGUGGUGGCUGCCUCCCAGUAGGUUCACUAGUACUUGGUGGAACUAACAGUAUCUAGAAGAGGAAAGAGUUUCCUAAGAUGACAAAAAGUAUAUAAAGCUAACCAAGAUCAGAUCUGAAGACCUGGGACAGAGUGCAAUCAGUAAUAUUUAUAAUCUGACAAAGAAAAUCAUGUUGCUCUUCUGGUUUAACAUGAGGUGUCAGAUAAACCUAGUCUCCAAAAUUUCAAGGGGCUUCGUGGUGCAGUGGUUAGCACACUCGGCUCACAACGGAGAGAGCCUGGGUUCGAUUCCCGGGCGGAGUGGAAUAUUUGGGUGGCUUUUCCGAUACCCUACGCCCCUGUCCACCCAGCAGUGAAUGGGUACCAGGUAUUAAUCGGGGGUUGUGUCCCGUCUCCUGGGAACUGUUCCCUUCCAUAAUUCCUUCCCCUUCUGUCUCUCUCCGGCAUAUGACCACAGAUGUUGCGCCGACUAAACGAAACUUUCCAACUUUCCAAAUUUCAGGUAAAUAUGGGGUGCAUGAGAAUCAGGAUAGACUGUGCUAGAGAUGGUAGAUUUUGAUGUAUCAUUGUGUCCGGCAGUGUAGUGGUGGUGGCCGUGUUAGUGUACAGCUUUGGUGGCUGUGUGUGCCAGCGCUUAAUGUGUGAAUGUUGCCAUUGCUCCUCUGUCAAGUUUCUCAGUUGUUUAGUAUCCCUCCCCCCUGUGGCUAGGAUAGGAUUAAUACCAUGAUGAGAGAGAUUUAAAAAGAAAGGCUGAGCGUCACUCUAAUUUAUUUACAGUGUUUACUAUAAUAUGAGUUUGCUAUUUUGAAAUUAAUCUAAACUAAUAUCAUAACAUACCUCAAUUGUUACUUGUAGCAUCGUAUUCUCCUGAUUCUAUGUAUUCAUCCUUCAUCACUAAGAGGUGACACAUGCACAGGUGUAAUAGACUUUACAAGUUUAUGCACCAAAUUAAACUAUUUUCUUCUUA